UUGAGACCAAAAUUUUAGCAUAAUUUAAGAAAUUUUAGACCAAAAAAUUGCGGCAUUCGGUUUGUGUCGUUCCCUACGCUCUCUUCGUUUCUCCUACUUUUGGGCUCUCUCUAGAUCUCCUGAGCAAGCCAUGGCUGCCGAAAAUUUCAGCGACAAAAACGCCGUAUUCCGCAAGCUCCGUUCCAAGCCCGAAAACAAGAUGUGCUUUGAUUGCAAUGCGAAGAACCCGACAUGGGCGUCUGUGACUUACGGGAUCUUCCUGUGUAUCGAUUGUUCCGCGGUACAUCGCAGCCUUGGUGUUCAUAUCAGCUUUGUUAGAUCUACUAAUUUAGAUUCGUGGAGUCCAGAGCAGUUGAAAACAAUGUACUUUGGUGGAAAUAACCGUGCUCAAGUUUUCUUCAAGCAGCAUGGAUGGAGCGAUGGAGGCAAGGUUGACGCCAAGUAUUCCUCUAGGGCGGCUGAAUUGUAUAGGCAGUUACUAUCGAAAGAAGUCGCUAAAAGCGUGGCAGAAGUUGCAGACUCGGAAGCACCACCUGUUGCUUCUCAGGCUGUACAAUCUGCUAAUGGAUUUUCUGAGAAAAAGAUUGGUGAAGAACCGAAACAGAACUCCUUUGUUCAAGAUGAGACCCCUGAAAUUUCUGCUCCCCCGAAAGCUUCUCUUCCCGUUACUUCAUCUGUUAAGAAGCCUAUACUUGCAAAGAAAACUGGAAAGUCGGGGGGCCUUGGUGCUCGAAAGCUUACAAAUAAGCCGAGGGAGAGUCUCUACGACCAGAAACCUGAAGAACCGCCUGUCCAGGAACCACCCGUUACUGCAAAUAACACCACCACCACAGCUGGCUCAUCAUUUACUUCUCGUUUCGAGUACACAGAAAACUCGCAGGCUGCUGAGGAGAAUCCUGGCGGUCCUCGUGUUCUUAACCAUGUAGCUCCUCCAAAGGCAGCCAAUUUUUUCGCAGAAUAUGGGAUGGACAGUGGCUUCUCUAAGAAGACAAGCUCAAAUUCAUCGAAAGUUCAAGUCGAGGAAACUGAUGAAGCGAGGAAGAAGUUUUCAAACGCAAAGUCCAUUUCAUCAGCUCAGUUUUUCGGUGAUCAGAACAAAGCUGGCGGUGAAGCUUCAGUUUCCCUACAGAAAUUCUCGGGUUCAAGUGCCAUCUCCAGUGCUGACCUCUUCGGUCACAACGAAGAUGACUCCACCAUCGACCUCGCAGCAAGCGACCUCAUCAACCGCCUCUCGUUCCAGGCCCAGCAGGACAUAUCCUCCCUCAAAAACAUGGCUGGAGAAACUGGAAGGAAGCUCAGCUCCCUUGCAUCCACUUUGAUGUCAGAUUUCCAGGACAGAAUCCUGUGAUUACAAGAAUCUGAUUUAUGAAUGUUUCACAUAAACCAUAGUUUGUGUCAUUAUGAGAAAUGUUAUAUACUCUGUAUAGGUAUAAAGACAGUAUUUCUGAAUUUUUUUUUUUUAAUUUCAGACAACUAUUUUUUUUGGGAUAUUA